AUGAACAACUCCUCUCCCAACAAGACCGCCGCAUGGCGCACCCCCUCUCCAGACCGCCGUCUCACCGCAGAACAACUCCGCUACAUGCCCUUCGCAGACCUCAUCACCCACGACAACGCCCUCCAAGCCGCCAUCGAGGCACGCAACGCCCGCCUACCCCAAGCCUCUCCACAAACGCCCACCACCAAUACUCUGUCUGCUUCUCAGCAGUCAACACCCGUGUCCCUCACUGGGAAUGAUGUGCGUGGUAGAUCGGUAACUGUAAGCACACCCCUUCCCCUCCCAUCAGAAUUCAUUCAUUAUUGA